AUGGAUCCGGCGGAGCUUCAACGGGUUUUCCACAUGUUCGAUCGCAACGGAGAUGGUAAAAUUACUCGUAAAGAACUCAGCGAUUCACUGGAGAAACUCGGAAUCCACAUUCCGGAAAAAGAACUGAUCCAAAUGGUGGAGAAAAUCGACGUGAACGGCGAUGGAUUCGUCGAUAUGGACGAAUUCGGAUCAUUGUAUCAAACGAUUAUGGAUGAAAAGGACGAGGAUGAAGAAGAGGAUAUGAAAGAAGCGUUCAAUGUUUUCGAUCAAAACGGCGAUGGAUAUAUCACGGUUGAGGAAUUGAGAUCGGUUUUGGCAUCCCUGGGAUUGAAGCAAGGAAGAACCCUAGAAGAUUGCAAAAUGAUGAUAAAGAAAGUGGAUGUUGAUGGCGAUGGAAGGGUGAACUACAGAGAAUUCAGACAGAUGAUGAAAGGUGGGGGAUUUGCUGCUUUGAGUUGA